UCAACAAGUGGUUCGUUCCGUUGGUUUCGGAAAAUAACGUGUCCUGGCAGUUUGUAGAUCGAAGUCGGUGUGUUGAAUGUUGCGGGUUCUUGUUUUGCCUUUUCAGCUUUUCAAGACACUGAUUUAAAAGAAUUGGAAAAGCGGAGCUGAGGUGUGAAAGUUAUCUGACUUUUUAUUUCGGAAUACGUCCGGUAGGGACUGAGUGGAGACGGUGCAGAAGCGUGUGUUUUACAUUGGUGCGAACCGGCCAACGGGGGAUUAUUUCGAACGGAGCAUAAUUUAAUUUUGGCGGAAAUAUCAAAGAUUGGAGCGCCACCGACUAACAAUCUCAGGCUCCACAAUGCUAGCCACAGCAUCUGAUUAGAAGGCUCCGGCAUCGCGUGCUGUUUUGCAUACAAACCACAUCCACGCUCGAGAUAUCGGCCACAUUUCACACAACGGUGCUGCAAAAGUCGAAUUAAUCACAGGCAAGGAGAUGCCUGGGUUAGUAGUUUUGUGCUUACAGCUUAUCCUAGCUGGAGGUGGCAUCGUUCGAGGUGCACCGUCGUCGGCACUGAUCGCACCUCCCGAGCAGCGGCAGCAGCGGUUGCACACGGUUGGCAUUCUAUCGGCUUCCUCCGCCGGAUACGGCAGACCGUUACAUUUCAACACAUCAAAGCGGCUGCAGUCCCCGUCACCGGUCAUAAUUGAGCCUGGCGAUAUCUUUGCCUUUCGGCAGCAUCAUCAACCGCCACCUUUAACUGACCGGCUACAACAACAACAACAACAACAGCAGCAGCAGUUAGAUGAAAGCUACCAGCAACCGGCUCAUUUCCGCCAGCAACAGUUCGCCAGCAGUCCGAUACACCCGAACCAACCCUUUCACGGACAGUACGGUCACAAGCAGCAGCAUAAGCAUCCGUAUUUUCAUGGAGACUCGGCAGAAUCACUAGAACAGCAAGGCGGAUUUUCUUUCCUCUUUCCUGUGCAAACAGCAGACAAGCAACCGGAAGAAUUUAGCUUAGCAUCAUCCGAGCUGGAAAAUGAAAUUGACAACAAUCGAUUCUACGGUGGUUCACCACCACUAGCAGAACCGGCCCCAGAAUCGGGUGAUGCUCUACCCCCUAGGCCAAGGCACGACACCAUCGAAAGCAUCGAUUUGAUACGGGAGCGGCUGGAACAGAUAAAGCAGGAGGAGGACAUCGAAAUCAAAUCAAACCUACUUAUGAAGAUGCUGGAACAACUGCCCCAGGGUCCGCUGCCUAUCGUGUACGUCGAAGAUGCCGGCGGCUCCGGUGCCUCAUCGGCGGAGGACGAAUCUACGCACGGAGGCAUGGGUGAUGACACUGAGCUAAGCAACGAGUCCGGGGUGGUUACAGAUCAGCUGCAGCAGUUUUCGGGCAGUAGUAACAAACGGUCCGGCCGCUACUACCGGAGAUACCCGUGGAAGAGACAAAACGCGAGGAGCAGGACGUAUGACGCCGACGCGCGCUAUCUGUGCGUACCCAGCCGGGAUGACGUCUUCAAGUUACUGGUUGGACUGCACGAGAACCGCAUCGGAAAUCACCAGAAAACAAUCAACUUUUGUAACCGGAAGCGGCCGGCUAAGGCAAUCUUCACCAACAUUAGAUUUUUGGGGUAAACCACCAGCCUUUCUUCCACCACCACCACCAACGCCCCUUUCACGUCAUCUGGAUGGACUUCUCAGACGCUCUCAGUAUAACAUCAAUAUCCAUGAAUAGCAUCGCUUCCUGCCGUGAAACGAAAAAAAAGAAAAGUACGGCUGGAUGUUUCAGUCGAUUUGAAUAACUCUACUGACUGUUUGGCGACCCUGAAGUAUAGUAGUGUUAAUAAAAAGUUUGGAUUUCUAAGGAUAAGUACAUUUAAAAGGGCUCAAGUAAAUUGAAACUACCAACCAAUACCCGGAAAGUGGAAAUGCUGCAUAAAUUUAGAGCAUGUUAACUAUAGGUAGCGUACGGAUAACUGUAUAAAUAUACUUGAAUAAAACACAAGCCAAUCAAGGUAAAUACACAUACUGCACAUACAUAACAUAAAUAAAUAAGAUGUGGUUAACUAUAUGAGCAACUGAAGUCAAGCAGUAUUAAUUAUGUAUCGGUUUUAAGUGUCCAAGUUAUCUCAUUGACUAUUUUUUUCUUUUUCUAGAAUAAAUCUUUUUGAAGGGCAAGCAUCUUCAAAAUCUUAUAAAGCAAAAAGCUA